AUGCAGUCGUUCUCCGCCCUUCUUUGCGCAGUUCUCCUCGCUACCGUGGCCUCUGUAUCGGCUUCAAGCUUCUUUAGUAUGCCCCUGACGAAACUUGCGCCUUCCAGCUCUUCUCUCGCGGGACUGCCUGAUGCUGAUCGUUCCCGUGCUGCAUUCCUAAAGAGCUUUGCUUCUGGCGGUCCUACGACGGUCCCUGCAUCUAACCUUGCAUAUGUCCAGUACACCACCAGUGUGGGCGUUGGUAGCCCUCCGACGUACUACAACUUGGUCGUCGACACCGGUAGCUCCAAUACUUUUGUUGGAACUGGAACAACGUAUGUCCAAACCUCAACCAGUAUCUUCACUGGUGAGGACGUCAACGUCACUUACGGCUCGGGCUACUUUUCCGGCUUGGAGUAUCUCGACCAGGUGACACUUGCUCCAGGUUUUGUCAUCACGAACCAGUCCAUCGGUGAUGCUCUUUCCUAUGCCGACUUUGAGGGCGUCGAUGGCAUCGUCGGUGUGGGCCCCGUCAUUCUGACUGAGGGCACACUCUCGCCCAGCACCAACGAGCUAAUCCCCACCGUUAUGAACAAUGCUCUCUCGCAGGGUUUGAUCACACAGGAAAUAUUAGGCGUCUCUUUCGCACCCGCAACAAGUUACAACGACACUAAUGGUGCCCUCACUUAUGGUGGCAUCGAUUCGUCUUUGUACACCGGCGAAAUUACUUACACGCCAGUCACUGCAACUUACCCUGCUGGUUACUACUGGGGUAUCAACGUCACCGAUGCAACGUAUGGUGCCGCCAACGACAAGACGACUGUUAUCCCAACUUCAACCGCCGGAAUCGUUGAUACUGGCACCACCCUGGUUCUCCUCGCUGACAACUUCUUCGAGUCCUACAUGCGCGCCAUCCCUGGUGCCAAGCUCGACCAGACCACCGGCCUCAUGACCAUUCCUGAAAGCUCCGUCUCGAAGAUCCAACCAUUGAACUUUACGGUCGGCGGCACCGUCUUCAGUUUGGACGCUGCAGCGCAACUCAUCCCGACGGACCAGAACACCGCGUGGGGCUUGUCAGCAAACAAGCAGUACGGCAUUGUCUCGUACUUGGGGACUAACAGCGGCGAGGGGCUAGACUUUAUCAUCGGGCAGAAGUUCAUGGAGAAGUACUAUGCUGUGUUCGACACGGAUAGUCAACAAGUUGGAUUUGCUUAUACCGAACAUACGUUCACCACCUACACUCCUUAA